UCGGGAAAGAGAACACUUGUCCGCCCCAUUUCCGCUUUCCCCGCUUCCUCCUCGACACGGAGACUUUCUUCACCGAUCAUCAGCACAGCCAGCAGAAGAUUAAAAUCCCGGGGAGCCGAGCCCUAGCCGGGGCAGAAUCUAGGGUUUGAGCCGCGGAGAUGAAGAACCUCUUCAAGAGCAAGAUCAAGUGGCAGCACCGCUCCAACGACCCCGCCGCUUCCUCAUCCUCUUCAUCCUCUACGCAGCAGCCGCCGUCCACUUCGCCGGCGACCUCCCCGUCGGGCACGGCGCCGUCGCUGUCCACCUCGGCGGCCUCCGCCCCGUCCCCUACCGCCGCCGCGGCGGCGACGACUCCGACGGCGGCGGCUGGGGGCGGGGACGACUACAUGUACUCGGAGGAGGAGUUCCAGAUGCAGCUGGCCAUGGCGCUCUCCGCCUCCAACAGCGACCUCCUGGGGGACCGGGACGGGGACCAGAUCAGGGACGCCAAGCUCAUGAGCCUCGCCGCCGGGGACCACCGCUUCCGCGCCGCCGGACGGGACGACGCCCACACCGCCGAGUCGCUCUCGCGCCGAUACUGGGACUACAAUUUUCUCGAUUAUCAUGAGAAAGUUAUUGAUGGUUUCUACGACAUAUUUGGCCCCUCUAUGGAAUCCUCUAGGCAGGGGAAAAUGCCAUCACUAGAAGAUCUUCAAACAGGCAUAGGGGACCUGGGCUUUGAAGUCAUUGUAAUCAACCGUACAAUUGAUGGUGCCUUGCAAGAGAUGGAGCAAGUGGCGCAGUGCAUCUUGCUGGACUUUCCUGUUGCAAAUAUUGCACUCCUAGUGCAAAGAAUAGCUGAUCUUGUCACGGAUAAUCUGGGUGGACCUGUGAAAGAUGCAAAUGCCAUGCUUGCAAGGUGGUUGGAGACGAGUACUCAGCUGAGAACCUCACUUCAUACUAGCUUGCUGCCGAUUGGCUGCAUAAACAUAGGGCUGUCUCGCCACCGUGCCCUUCUUUUCAAGAUUCUUGCUGAUAGCGUUGGCAUUCCGUGCAAACUUGUCAAAGGGAGUAAUUAUACUGGUGAUGAGGAUGAUGCUGUUAACAUAAUAAAGGUCGACAAAGAAAGGGAGUUUUUGGUAGAUCUGAUGGCUGCUCCCGGGACUCUUAUUCCAGCAGAUGUCUUAAGUUGGAAGGGCAAUUCGUUAAAUCCUAACCGUAAACUUGGCCAGAAUCAAAUGGCUGGGCCAUCAAGUACCAUUGGUUCUGAUCUGGUUGCUAAUGCAUUGCCACUUGAACAUAAAGGUGAUCAACUGCCUUUGUUUGACAACGGUGAUUGGAUAUCAGCCAGUCAAUCUGGAUAUGAGAAAGAAGCAGCCAGAGCACCUUCACAAACCUCUUCUAGUGGCAUGCCAUCUGUUGCUGCUGCAAGUGUUUUUGAUGAUUCUUGGACAUUAGUUUCCCGUGGGCAAUCAGAUGAGCCGUCAACUUCUGCUGGUACAUCGUCGCAGCAGACAAUUGAAUAUCCUGGGGCUGGGAAUACAAAAAAUCCAGGUCACCAAAAUUCUGAGUCUGAAAACCUAUUUGCUGAGCUUAAUCCUUUUGGGCGUAUUGAGGCAAAGAAAGCUUCAGUACCUUUCAAAGGGCCAGAUAAUAGAAACGACGAGUUACAAAGGCGUAGAGAGAAUGUGGUCCCUAGCACGGGAAAACCACAACAAAGAUUGGUUAUGAAAAAUUGGUCUCCUUACAACGAUGUCUCUAACAACAAGCAGUACAACUAUGUUCAGGACUCAUUUGCACGUAGAAAUAUUGGUGAUAAUGUCGUAUCAUCAUCACAGAUGCCACGUUUAGCUGCAAAUAGUACUGAUCUUAAUAUUGGAGCGCGUAAUGAUGCAUCACAUCCUAUAUCAGCUCAUAAUAAUCACUGUUUUAUGGCCGGUUCUACUGUCAUGAAGAUGCCUUCUGUAGCUGAGAGUGGGAAGGCUGCUGAAAAGGUGAUGCGUGGUGAUUUGAAUAAAGGUCCUACAGAUUCUAUUCUGGAAAAUCAACCACCAUUUGAAAGACACAAAUGGGGUAAUCCUGCAGAACAAAGGGUUCCAACCAACUCAGUUCAGAAUCAAGCUAAAGAACGUGAGGCGAACUACGAUGGAAAACAAGACCAUAAAAACUUGCUUCCUGAUCCAAAGAAGUCUCCACUCGACAGAUUCAUGGACACAUCAGUCCCAUCAAGAAAUCUGGAAUCUGUUUCACCAUCCUCUGCCAGAUCACACAGGCUUGAUUGUGUGUUUGAUGAUGUUUCUGAAUGUGAAAUUCCUUGGGAAGAUCUUGUGAUUGGUGAAAGGAUUGGCUUAGGUUCAUAUGGGGAGGUGUACCGUGCUGAUUGGAAUGGAACAGAGGUAGCUGUAAAGAAAUUUUUGGAUCAAGAUUUCUAUGGUGAUGCUUUGGAUGAAUUCCGAAGUGAAGUGCGGAUUAUGCGUCGGCUGCGUCAUCCAAACAUCGUUCUCUUUAUGGGUGCUGUCACACGCCCUCCAAACUUAUCUAUUGUAUCUGAGUAUCUUCCAAGGGGGAGCUUAUAUAAAAUCCUUCACCGUCCUGGCUGCCAAAUUGAUGAGAAGCGGAGGAUUAAGAUGGCCAUUGACGUGGCCAAAGGCAUGAAUUGCCUCCACACUAGUGUACCGACAAUUGUUCACCGGGAUCUUAAAUCACCAAACUUGCUGGUCGACAAUAAUUGGACUGUAAAGGUUUGUGAUUUUGGGCUUUCACGCUUGAAGCACAGCACAUUUUUAUCAUCCAAAUCAACUGCUGGAACUCCGGAGUGGAUGGCACCCGAGGUCUUGCGUAAUGAGCAAUCAAAUGAAAAGUGCGAUGUUUACAGCUUUGGCGUCAUCUUGUGGGAACUAGCAACACUUAGAAUGCCAUGGAGUGGGAUGAACCCAAUGCAGGUCGUGGGAGCGGUUGGCUUCCAGGACCGAAGGCUUGACAUCCCAAAGGAAAUCGACCCUCUAGUUGCAAGGAUUAUAUGGGAGUGCUGGCAGAAGGAUCCGAAUCUGCGCCCUUCAUUCGCACAGCUAACAACUGCUCUGAAGACCGUCCAAAGGCUUGUAGCCCCCUCUCACCCGGAGACGCAGAGCCCCCCUGUGUCCCAAGAGAUCUGGGUGAACUCCUCUACCCCAUGACGGGAGGCAUUGAGAACUUUCAGUUUCGUAGAACUGUUGCUUGUUGCGUCCCCAAAUGUGGGCGUGUUGUGUAGAUAGAUUGAGCGCCCCAGAUGUGGUAGACAUAUCAUGAUGCGCUGCCGCGACAAAGCUCCCGUGGCAGCCGCAGAGUAUUUACAGAGUCGUUCUAAAAAAAAGUAUUUACAGAGUCGUUCUAAAAAAAAGAGUAUUUACAGAGUCGCCCAUGAAGCAACGGUCGGCAGAACAGAUCCAGUCUGUCUUUUCCCGUUGUGCAUCACAACUGUGCCUGUGCGUACCCUUUGGGAUGCAGUGAGAGCUCAUGGUGUCGAACUAAGAUGCGUCCCAUGUGAAUAUGUGAUCUUAUUGGACGACUGUGCUUACAAGUGGAUUGAUUAAA